UAGAAUAAACAACAAGUAUUUACCUUAUAACUCCAUAUAUCUUCUUAUAAGGCACUGCAACAAAUUGUACUAAGAGUUGAAUAAGACAUGAUUGGCAAAUGAACGAGGGGUGUGACAAAGGACUGAUCAGAUGAGAAAUAUAAAAAGAUAAAGGAGAGGUGAAACAUUAUAAAAGGAGACUGCAAGACGCACAGAAGACUAAACUAUCACAGACAUCCAGAAACCCAGCCAGUGAAGAGUCCGAGUAAAGAUGUGGUGGAAAACCUGUGUGACUUUACUCCUGCUGAUGUAUGUCAGAGAUUCACUUUCUAAUUUGCAAGUAUGUGGACGUCCAAACCCCACAUUAAAUCCUCGCAUUGUGGGUGGUGUGAAUGCAACUCAUGGCGCGUGGCCGUGGAUGGUCAGUCUGCAGGGCAGAUAUGGCCAUUUUUGUGGCGGCUCCCUCAUCAACAAUCAAUGGGUGCUGACAGCAGCUCACUGCAUUGUUGAUCAAACCCCAUCCAGCAUAAUUGUGUACUUAGGAAAGUGGAGAAGUUAUGUAGCUGAUGUCAAUUCAAUCUCCAGAACUAUCAGACACAUCAUUCCCCAUCCCUCCUACAGUAACAUAACUAAAGAUAAUGACAUCGCUCUGCUGCAGCUGACAUCUACAGUCCAAUAUACUGACUACAUUAAACCCAUAUGUCUAGCAGAUGAAAACAGCAACUUCCCUCGUGGCACCAACAGCUGGGUCGCAGGCUGGGGGGAUAUUGGAGUUUUGGGCACAGGUGGUAUAAGAGGCAGAACCACAGUGUCUGUGCCUUUACCUCAUCCUGGCAUUCUGCAAGAGGCUGAGCUUAAAGUGUACAGUAAUGCAGACUGCAAUAAUAUUUGUCAUGGACGGAUCACCCCCAACAUGAUUUGUGCUGGUACACGUCCUGGAGGCAAAGCAACCUUUUCUGGGGACUCUGGUGGUCCACUGAUGACUAAGUGUUCAGUGUGGGUUCAGGCUGGUGUUCUCAGUCAUGGUUAUGGAUGCGCACAGCCCAAUCUUCCUGAGGUGUUCAUUCGUGUCUCAGAGUAUAAGCAAUGGAUUACAGGCAAUGUCGGUGGAAACCUGCCUGGAUUUGUCCUCUUUGACCCAAGAUGUUCUCUUCGCAGUAAGAUUCCACAUCCUUUCAUGCCCACACACACACAGUAUACAGCAACACACGCUUCUUUGACUAAUGUGUGUCUAUUUAUUUUGUGUAGAAGUUCUUAAUAGAGUCUUCUGCUGCUUUGGAUAAAAAAAACUGCUGCAGUGAAUAUGUAUAUGAUGCUCUGGUGAGUCCAUACACACACACACUGUUCUUAUAUCUCGGUGGAGACUCUCAUAGACAUGUUUCUG